CCUGGAUGAAAUAAUGCCGAAAACCAUGACUCACACUCUGGGACCGUCUGACGCUUACGUGCAUUUUCUCUUUUAUUUCACCUUGCCUAGUUACUUUAGUUGUUUAUAGUCUAAACUAGUGAUAUACAAAAGAUAACAUGCAAACAAAGUUUACAUUGAAUGGGUCAUUAUAAUUAUAUGUAAUCAUAAAUUACUAGCCAGGAAAAUCUAAUGAAAUAUCAUGACUCAUACGGUUUUUCCAUAUUAGAAAGUUUUUCCAGAAAAUUCUUUAUAAAUAGCAUUGAUCACUACACAAAGCAUUUAAAAUCAUUCUCAAGACCGCACGAAGACCGUUAAACACUGCAGCAUUUGUGCUUGAUAAAUGCCUACGAUGCCUACCCAGUUGAUAGACGCGACGAACGCAAAUGGGUUGAUCCCAACAGUCGUCGAAAGUAUGCUGGUUGACUCAAGUUCAGAAGGUGCUAAUGUUAAGCAAACUCGUGACAUUAGUGACAGAAUGGAUGCUGCUAUAUGGAGAGAAAGUGAACAUGAAUCGUGGCCCAAACAAUUCACCAAAGUGGACAAUCAAUCAAGCAAUAACAGGUAUUCCAUUGAAGAUAAUCAACCGUUAACGUUUAUAAAUGAACAGGAUUAUUAUGAAGAAGAGCCGGAUAUAUGCCUUGCUGACAUCGAAGAGGAAUACAUGAAUUUUGACUUGCAGACAGCUGAGGAAAGUGAUAUAGAUGACGUCCAAUUCCAAAUUGAUACAUGGGCUCCUGUAUCCCCACCCUCAUCACAUGUAGAGACAACAGAAAGUAGUAACGAGAUCAAACAUUUCAACAGUAUACUCCAAAGCAGACCUAGUCAAAUUGAUGCUCAAAUUGAGGACGACCUUGAAACAGCUAGGUUCGUAUUUACUACAACACUGGAUAAACGACGGGCUCUUAAAAGACGCAAGGGUGGUACUGAGGACCUUAGAAAAGUAAUAUUCAUCGAGAAUAUGUUAAAUAAAUCAAGAGAUGAAUAUCUUAAAGUUUUGGACCUGAUUGAAACUCCAACCGACGGAGACUAUGACAAUUCUGACGACACGGAUGACGAAGCGGAGCAGGAAAAUAAUACAAGUGACAUUGUUAAGAUUUUAGAUGAACCGACGAUGCAUUCUAUUGUUAAUGACAUUGACAGUCAAGAAAGUACAAAUCUAGAGAAAGAAGUAUUUGAAGACGAGGAUGUCUUUAAUUUACACACGAAUAGCGACGAGGCGAUUACUAGUAUAAACCAGGAAGUUUCAAAGAAUCGUGACAUAACGCAAAUAACUUCUGUGAUAUCUCAAGGACACAAUGAACCUCAAAACGACACGUUUGAUUCCAGCAUUAAUCAAUUUAAGACAAACGACAGCAUUAUCGCAAAUAAAAUGCUCAAACGAAAAUCAUCAUUAGAAACGUCCUCAGAAACGUCUAGUCUUAAAUGCUAUAUUGUUGUGGACGAAUUGGCAUCGGAAGCUAAAGAAGAUAGAGAGGAUUCCCAUAGCAGCUUUGAAAAUGACGAUGAUAGCGGUAAAAAAGACAAUACGAUACUUAUGGGAAGUGAUCGGUAUUGUACAGAAAAACUUUCAGACAUUGAGUGCCUUUGUUUCAUCAAUAGCAAGAAAGAUGACGCAUUAUUAACAUUACACAAGUAACAACCUACAGUCCCCUCUAGAGGUUUGCUCUCCUAAAUUCCAAUGGGUUAUAAAUGUGAAAGCUGUUUUUCUCUUCUUGAUUUCAAAAAGUCGUAUUUUGACACAUGGUAAUUUAUUUUGAAAAUCACCAUAUGCAAACAUACUUCUUUGGUACAUGUUCAAAUAUGGGAAUUGAUGUUGCCAAACUUUUGGAGGGAAUUGUAACGUGUUUGAUAUAUAACGCCAAGUUGUAAUAAAUGUCAGUUAACAAUAUGACUUGUGAUAGUGCCAAAAUAAAAAGGUAAUAAACAUGUAUUAAAAGGAUUGUAUGUGAAGUGUUUGAUUAUUAAUUAGAAGGUACGGGGAUAAAAAUAUCUUCUUUAUCGCACAUGGUUCUUAAUUAAUAUCAAUGAUUAAACACAAUGUCAGCGUCAUUUUCGUAACUUUAAAAAGUAUGAAAAGUAAUUAAAACCAAGGUGCCAUCUGAAAGAACAAUCAAAUUAAUCUGAUAAAUGACUUUGAUGUAGUCUAAAUGACAAUGGUGUACGAUAUAAU